GGCGCGGCGCUGGCCGCCAUGGUGUGCGCCCUGCGGGCCCGCGGCGACCCUCGCUUCCCUGUGGCCUUCGCCAUCCUGGUGGCCGGUUUCAUCAGCCGUGCCCCAGCCCACGGCCACUUCUACCGGGAGCCCAUCACCCUGCCCACGCUGCACGUCGUGGGCGAUGCUGAUGCCGUCAUUGCUGCCCCCCUCAGCAGGGAGCUGGCCCAGCACUUCGUGGACCCUGUUGUUCUCACCCACCCCGGCGGGCACUUCGUCCCUGCGGCUGCGCCACAGAAGAAGGCCUACCUGGACUUCUUGGACCGCUUCUGCCCCGGACAGGGACAGGCUGAGCCCCCGGGGGCUGGGGCCGUUUGA